GCGGAGUCCAUCGGCACCAAGGAUAGGAAUGUUACUAACGCGCUUCUCCUCACUGCAUUUUACUGAGCUACAUACUUAUAUAAUAUGCAUGUGUGCAAUUUUAAGAUUCUCUGUGUGAACUCCCGCUUGAUUCUGUUAACUUUACGCUGACCGAAUUGGUUUCGAAACAUUAAUAUUUUCAUAGAGAAGUACGCUCGGGAGGAGCCGCCUGCACAUUUCGGAGUUUUCAACGGAAAAAUAAAAAAUAUUAUUCAAAAGUCAACGAAGACUGCAUUUUCAAUUUCAAAAGAGAUGUUUUGUGUUGCUUUUUCCCCCUUUCUCGAAAUUUAACUAUUAAAAAUAACUAUGGACAAUGAAUUAUGAUAUACUGGAUAUUUAAACCUAUAAGACUGUUAAACUGAUAUAUGUGAAUCAAUUAAUCAGUCGCGCAGCAAUUCACGCUUCCUGAAAUUCUGAUUUCAUAAACUUUUGGGCUGAGCCGAAGGAUUUCUCCGUCGUUGGCCGGGGAUGGCUUUGCACGGGUGUUUCUUGCUGCGCCGGAGGUACCUCGCCGGGAUAGCGCUAAGGCUGCUGUUUCUUCUGCCUGCAGGAGCUCCGGCUCAGAGCGGGGAGUCGUCUUUCUCCAAACCCAUGGACAACGUCACCGUCAGGCAGGGCGACAGUGCCGUUUUAAAAUGCAUCACAGAAACCAAGGUGUCGAGGGUGGCGUGGCUGAAUCGCACCACCAUCCUGUUUGCCGGCCAAGAGAAGUGGUCCUUGGACCCCCGUGUGGUUCUCCUGAACGACACACCUGUCACGGAGUACAGUAUCCGAAUCCGCAACGUGGAUGUGCACGACGAAGGUCCCUAUGUUUGCUCCAUCCUCACCAACAGGAAGCCCAAGUCGUCAAGGGUACACCUCAUAGUACAAGUUCCUGCAAGGAUCGUAAACGUAUCCAAAGAUAUGACAGUGAAUGAAGGCAGCAACGUCAGGCUCGUAUGUCUGGCUACCGGGAGACCAGAGCCCAGCAUCACAUGGAGGCACCGUUUAAUGCGAGGAAACAAAUUCCUGUCUGAAGGCGAAUACAUCGAGAUCACAGCGAUCACCAAAGAACAAUCUGGAAUUUACGAGUGCACCUCCAGCAAUGACAUUUCAGCUCCUGACAUGAGAACAGUGCACAUCACAGUCAAUUAUCCACCAUCCAUCCUUAGCACCAGGGCCACUGGAGCCGCCAGGGGGCAGCAGGGCGUUCUGCAGUGUGAAGCCUCAGCAAUCCCGGGGGCGGAGUUCCAGUGGUACCGAGAAGGUCGCAGGAUCCUCAGUGGAUUGAAUGGGGCAAAGAUAGAAAACAUGGGUAAAAAAUCCAGGCUAGUCUUCUUCAACGUUUCUGAGGAGCAUUACGGCAACUACACCUGCGUGGCCACAAAUGUGAUGGGAAACACUAAUGCUAGCAUGAUACUACAUGGACCAGGUGCUGUUCGCGACGUGAGUGGGGCAUGCCUAACCAAGCACUCCUCCCUGUGCCUGCUAUGGACUGCAGCUUUUCUGCUUGCCGCCCCCUUUUGAAAGAACUGUGAACUGCAUCCAGCAAAGGGGCCGUUAAGGUCCAGGCAGCCAUAUGAAAACAAGCUACACAAACCAGUUCAGUGUCUGGUUCAGUCUUUGAAUUUUUUCUUUUUGUGAUCUGACAGGGAUAAAGGUGCAGCAGUAUCUUGGCAUUUAAAUUGCAUUACUGAGAACAGCAUUAAAGAUGGUGUAUGGUGUAAGUUUUUUGUAUGUAAAUCCAUAGUACAUAUUAUGAGACUUUAGUCAUAUUGUAUAUUAUCCACAGUCAACACCCAUUUUGACAGUUUUUUAUUUUCACUGGGGUUUUUAAUAUGUAGAUGAAUUGUUUAUUUAAAUUAUGUCUGGAGGUGCUCCGUAUGUAUCGGAGGUGUUAUUUCAGUAUUUGAAAUUGUAUGUUAACUUUAUAAGUUGCUGUUCACUUUUUGGUUUUUACAAACUUCUAGAGAUAUUUUGUGUCUUCGCGCUGUUUUGUUUGAAUUUUAAUGUAACAGAAACAUUAAAAUUAUGUUGAAUAUGGGUGAUUUCGGUAACGGCACAAUUGAAAAUGUAUGACUAGUGGAUUCACCAAUGAGUCUAAGAAAUAUUUGAACAGUUUCUUGCAUCACAUUCCAUAUUCAAGGGAUUAUUGGUAUUUAAAACAAAAACAUGUAAUUAAGGAAGAGGAAAUGCCAUGUAUAAAACAAAAGUCUAGUUAAAAAACUAGGUCAUAAAACAUAUAGAGUGCAAACAGCUUGUGUAGUAAUAGUGAAAAGCUGAUACUGCAACAACAAGAAUAUACUUUUCAUGGAUAUGCGUUACUUAAAGUAUGCUGCUCUCUUCAGUUACUCAUAGAGGUGUUUCAUUCUGAUUCAUCACUGAUCACAAUGCACAGCUGUAGAUCACUCACUUUCUAGUCUCAUUCUGUAUGGACUGAAAUGGAAAUAAAAAUGUUAGGACUGUAA